AUGGCGUCGGAGCCCUGGCUCUCCCGGAGCCCCGCGGAGACACCGCCACCCCUCGACGGCUCAGAGCCCGGGGCACAGCCCCGCCGCGCAGACCCCUCGUGGCCGUCGCCCCCUCCCAGACCCGAGGACCCCGCCGAGCUGCGGCCCGGGGACGCCCGGGAGGCGCCGCUGGAGCCCACGGCCCCUACGCCCUCCCCGGAACCCUCCUUGCCAGAGCCCGGCCCGGCCCCGGCGCGCCUGGCCCUGGACGCCAUGUUCAGCCCGGUCACUGACCAGCUCCGCUACCUGCUCAAGAAAGCCGACGACUUCCAGAGCUACCUGCUGUACAGCAGGGAACGCGUCCAGAAGGAGCAGCUGGCAAAGGCCAUGCCCACCUUCUUGAAGAUGUGCGAACCUUAUUUUCUGUACCUGGAGGCCGCGGGCAGGAGCGUGCCCCCCAUCUACGGAGGCCUGCAGGAGGUGAUCCGCAAGGGGCUGUUGGAGAUCUCCCAGCAGCUGACGCUGCGCCUGGAACAGCUGGUCUUCAUGUAUGCCUCCUUCGGCUUCGUAGACCUGGAGGAGACAGAUCCCCUUAGCAUUUCCUGCUUCUUCUGCGGGAGGUUCUCCAUCAGCCCCGCCCACGAAGUGUCCAUCUUCAGAUACUGCAGCCCCACACCCUACACGGCCGCGCGCUUCCCCAGGUACCUCUACAAGAAGAUGCGGUGGAACCUGGAGGUCACCCCGGAGCCCAGCAGCCAGGGUCGAGAUCCCCACGUGGACUACUACUUCCUGUGCUACCGAGAUACGUGGGAAGACACCGGCCAGAGUCCAGCCAAUUCCUGUCCCCAAAUCCAGAAGCUGUGGUCUAUUGGCCGAUGGGUGCCCCUGGGACCAUCGGAGGAUGACCUUUAUUCGUGGAUUUUGUGCCCGCAACCACCGGGGGACUACCAACAGCUGCUGACCAUCGGCUUCGAGGAGCCAUCGCACAUGCUGGCCACCGACCUGUUGGUUCAGGUCCUCAUAGGCCAGGCAGGCCCGGCCCGGCCCCCGAGCGCGGUGGAGUUCCCGGCCCAGGCCGCACCCGGGUCUUGAACCCCUAGGAGGAGGAAGAUGGGAGCAGGAGCCUAUCAGUCCCGAGCUCCAGGAGAGAAGGCAAAGCAGAGCUGCACUGGACUUCCUAAGAAACCCCAGCUUCGCCUUGUACGGCUUCCGGCUGGGCCUCCCGGUCCGCACGGAGCCCCGCCGGCACCGGCUCGCCGCGGAACCCCGAGCGUCGACACUUGAGUUUCGUGUUCAAUAAAAGAAAGAAAGAGGUCACGGGCUCCGGUCCACUCCCGCGCCGCGCCACGCCCCCCAGGAAAGCCA